GGGCUCGCCGCCCCUCGCGCUCGCCGCCUGCCGCCCGCCGGGUCCCGGGCCGCGGGAAGGUCGAGGACCCAAGAGCGCGCGGGCGGACCCGCCGGCGAAGGCGCUCUGGUUUUGGGGAGCACAAGCCGGCCUUGUCAACUGGUUGCACUCCUGAAAAGGACGCGAAGUGCUACGACUCAGACGCGUCCCCAAACACUGGGAGGGCUCCCAGAGGGAAGCCACUGCAUGUGAAGGUCUUCCAGUGGAAGCUGCCCAGAGUGGAAGGCUGAUUUGCAGGUGAAAACCUGCAUUUGUGAACAGUGGGAAGAAUAUUCUGGUCGUGCCAUCCUGGGGACGCCUAGAAAGCCGUGAUCAGUAGGCAGUCGGACGCAGUGUCUUUAUGAAAGCGGGACAGUCCUGUUCGUUCGGGAGCACAUGGCCCCGACCUGGAUGCCACCUGCACCUCCCCCAGCCUGGUUUCCUCGCGGUGACCUGUUGUCAGUGUUGAUGGCGUGGAUUUGACUCUUGGCUCCUCCGGGCGCACCAUGGCCGCAAUCAGUCUGGGGUCUGGCAGACCGCCGAUGAGGAGGGCUUUCUUGCUGCUGAAACUCACGGCUGUCACCUUGUCGGUGCUUCUGUUUUGUGAAUUUCUGAUCUAUUACGGAGUGAUCAUCCGGUGUCACUGGCCUGAGGUGGAAACUCCAGCGGACGGCAGGGGCCGGGGCCCCCCCGAGCCGGCACUGCGAGCCAUGUUUUUGGCGGAUACCCACCUGCUCGGGGCAGUGAGAGGCCACUGGCUGGACAAAUUACGAAGGGAGUGGCAGAUGGAGAGAGCCUUCCAGACGGCGCUGUGGCUGCUGCAGCCGGAGGUUGUCUUCAUCCUGGGGGAUGUUGAUGAAGGGAAGUGGAGCUCCUCCCAGGCCUGGGCGGACGACGUGGAGAGGUUCCAGACCAUGUUCCGACACCCUGCUCACGUGCAGCUGAGGGUGGUCGCCGGCAACCACGAUGUUGGCUUCCACUACCAGAUGAACACAUACAAAAUAAAACGAUUUGAGAAAGUUUUCAACCCCGAAAGGCUGUUUUCUUGGAAAGGAAUUAAUUUCGUGCUGGUCAACAGCGUGGCCAUGGAAGGAGACGGCUGUGACAUCUGCUCUGGAGCUGAGGCAGAGCUCCUGGAGAUCUCCCAGCAGCUGAACUGCUCCCAGGAGGAGCAUCACCCCGGCAGGUGUGGAGACAGAGGGCCGCUGCCAGCCUCGGCCCCAGUCCUUCUGCAGCACUUCCCGCUUUACCGGAGAAGCGACGCUCACUGCUCUGGGGAGGACGCCGCACCCCCGGCCGAGAGGGGUAUCCCCUUCCAGGAGCGGUAUGACGUGCUCUCCCGGGAGGCCUCCAGGAAGCUGCUGUGGUGGCUCCGGCCACGCCUGGUCCUGAGCGGCCACACGCACCAUGCCUGCGAGGUCCUCCACGGGGCCGGCGUCCUGGAGGUCAGCGUGCCGUCGUUCAGUUGGAGGAACAGAAAUGACCCCAGUUUCAUCAUGGGCAGCUUUACGCCCACAGACUACGUCCUGGCCAAGUGCCCCAUGCCCCGCGAGGACACAGUCCUGACCACGUACUGCGGAGCGGCUGCGUGCCUCGUGGUCCUCACGCUAGUCCAUGUGAGGCUGCUGGCCUCACCUCUGCACGUGGGUUGGAACCUGCUCAGAAAAUUUAAGACCACGUGAGUAACAGGCAUCAAGACCAGAGGAGCUGACCAGCAGGCGGUGCUCCGGGGAGUGAGACUGAGUGCCACUCGGGAGCUAGACCCCUGGGCCGAUCCCCGCGGGGUGAGGGUGAGCUGCUGGUGCUGUUCCCAUGCUGUCACGAUGGAGCGUGCACUCUCCAGAGUCUGUGCUCUCACUUCAUCAAAGAUGUGUGUAAUCACGGAUUGUAUCUACAGCUCGCAGAAGCUGCGGGCGUCACUGGCGUGCAUGCGACAGCCUGUGUUCCCCAGUCGGCACCGGCAGGCUUGGGGUGAGGUGACACCAUCAGUGGUCCUGCGGGUGGUUCUCAAGUUCCUACCUGUGCUAGUCAGACGCUUCAAAUAAACCCAGAUGCUACAAGCAGGAAUAGCUGUUCCCGCAGACUCCUGUGUGUCCACGCUAACUGGAUGGAAUCGGGUUUUUAGAUGAGUGUCAUUUUCUCUCCAGCAGACCCGACUGUUAAGUCAGGAUCAAAUGCCCGUCAGUGAGCAAAAGAAACUUGAAAAGUAGCCUCCAGGAAGAGGCGUUUGGUAUUUAAAAAUAUGUAUGCCUUGGUAAUUUUAAGCCAGGUAAAGUGGAUUCUUGUUGCAUUUUUUCCUUGAGAGUCUGGCUCCUCAGUCAGACCUUUACAUAGGAAGUUCACUUACAGGGGAUUGCUGAGUGAUGCGGAGAACAAUAUACAACUCUGUUUUUUGUGUAUAUAUGUUGGGUUGUAUCUCUUCAUGUUUUCUUCAUGUUUUACUUCGAAAAUGCAAUGGAAAUGGAAAAUCAUUCCUACUUCAUCUGUCUCCGUUCACCUGAGAGUUUUAUGAAACAGGCAAGGAUGGGAGAGGCAGGAACUGGGUGAUAAUGAGAUAAAAAACGUGAUGGUGUGUUGUCUUUGACGUCGCCAUCCUGUAUUUCGUGUAAAAGUUGUAUUUAGCCGUGGAUGAGUUUACAGAGGAUUACAAGAUGCUGGUUUACAGAGAAAACUUGAAACUAUCAAAGACUAAAUGAAGUCGAUGAAGUCACGUAGGCUGGGCUGCCUCCUCUCUGCUUCGUGUGGUUGGAGUAGAACCUCGGACAUCUUCACAGACUGCCUGACCUGGGGAAGCCCCCCUCAGGGCCGUGGCCCAGCAUGAGGGGCUUUCUGGGUCUCGUACUGGAGCCACCUUGCGAGGCUGCAUCUGCUGAUCUCUCAAGUUUGAAAAAUAGCCGUGUAUUUUGACUUGGUAUUUCAGUAAAGGUUUUGUAAUGUUUCUUCUUCAAAAGGCAA